AGUGAACACUUUGUAAACAUUGAUUACAGUUAUCACUGAACAGAUCCAGACUCUCAUUAAAAGGCGAUGUCUUCGCGAAGAGCCCUUCACUUUGUCCUCAAAAUCGGCGAUCGAUUCAAGAGUAUUGAGUUCUUCAGAGAUGUCCUCCAAAUGAAAGUCUUAAGGCACGAAGAGUUUGUGGACGGGUGUAAGGCCUCGUGUAACGGCCCAUACGAUGGCCACUGGUCUAAGACUAUGAUUGGUUACGGACCCGAAGACCAACACUUUGUCUUAGAGCUGACUUACAAUUACGGCAUAAGUGGUUACCAAUUGGGCAAUGAUUUAAACGCCAUUACCAUUGAAUCCAAGACUCUUCUCAAUCACAUUGAAACCAAAAACUAUGUCUUUAAACGAGAAGGCAAUGGUAUUGUCAGUGUCUUAUCGCCCGACGGAUACAAAUUCAUUAUCGACUCAAACUGUGAUAACAGAAGCGAUCGCAUCACUCGUGUCUCGCUCUCCAGUUCUUCAUUAGACAAAUCCAUCAAUUAUUGGAACCGUUUGUUAGAUAUGAAGAUAUUUGAAUCGACCGAUAAAUCAGCGCUUUUAGGGUUCAAUCAAAAUGAAUGCAAAUUACAGUUAAUUGAUAUUAAAGACAAAGUGAGACACGAAAAGGCUUUCGGAAGGAUUGCCUUCAGUUGUCCUGAAGACCAGUUGCCGGCCAUUGAGUCGCGAAUGAAAAAUGAAAAGCAGACGAUCUUAACGCCAUUAAUCAGUUUAGACACACCGGGAAAGGCAACCGUUCAGGUGGUCAUUCUGGCCGAUCCCGACGCCCAUGAGAUCUGUUUUGUAGGUGAUGUGGCCUUCAGACAAUUGUCACUAAUAGAUCCCAAUGCAGACAAAGCCCUCAACAAAGCUUUAUCUGAAGACAAGAGCAACGAGUGGUUCCAGAAGAAGGGCCGAUCAAAGGAUAAAAUUUGAAAUAACGAGCGAAGCAUUAGUACCGCCGAAACCAAAGGAGUUAGUGAUGGCAACGCGUCUCUCUGUUUGCCAUUUUUGUGCUUUUGUUACAAUAUUUAAUUCCUGAUCAAUAGGUUGUUGUAAAUUAAUUGUCGGCGGAACUAAUGAGUGAUAACACGAUAGGAUUGUAAAUAUAGCUUCAAUACUUCCGGCAGCGCCUAACAAAUGGCCGGUCGAGCCCUUAGUGCUUGUGAUCAUUAUAUUCUUGGAGUGUUCGCCAAAUAACUCCUUAAUUGCUUUCAAUUCAAUUUUGUCGCCCAAUGGCGUAGACGUCGCGUGACUAUUGAUAUGUGUUAUGUCUUCAGCUCGUAUGCCGGCGUCGGCUAUAGACGCUCGCAUACAUUCAAUCGCUCCCUUCCCGUCCUCUCCCGGCGCUGUCAUGUGAUUCGCGUCUCC